UUCACAAACAUAUUCAUACUGGAGAAAACCAUAUCACUGUCAUAUGUGUGAUAAUUCAUUCUCUCAAAUCAUUUAACUAGUCACUUACACAUUCAUACAAGAGUCAAAUCACAUCACUGUGAUAUCUGUGGUAAAUCAUUCUAUGAACCAGGUAACUUAACUAAACACAGACACAUUCAUACAGGGGAGAAGCAAUACGAGUGUAAUAUUUGUGGUAAUCAUUCACUCAAGCAAAUAACUUGUCACAUCACAUACACAACAUGCAUACUGUGGUAAAUCAUUCUCUGAGCCAGGGAACUUAACUAAGCACAAACAUAUUCAUUCAGGAGAGAAGCCAUAUGAGUGUGAUAUCUUGUAAAUCAUUCUCUCAGAGUGGAAACUUAAAUAUACUCACAAGCACAUCUAUACAGGUGAGAAACCAUAUUACUGUGAUAUCUGUGGUAAAUCAUUCUCUCAAGCAAAAUACUUAACUGAACACAAACUCAAUCAUACAGGAGAGAAGCCAUAUCACCACUAUUUGUGGUAAAUGUUUUUCUCAAAAUGUUAGUUUAUCUAACCACAUAUUCAUACAGGAGAAAAACCAUAUCACUGUGAUGCUUGUGGUAAAUCAUUUUCUCUCAGGGUCAAUAAAAUAGUACCAGUUGCUGGCGUUGUACCAAAAUUUGAAACCAAUAUAAAUACAAAUUGGAUGAUAUAAUUUGUGAAUCAUCCUCAUCAAUGUUUCCAUGGCUGUUUUGCAUGCUGGUGUGGGUUGAACAUGUCUAGCAUACAGAAUAUCUCAGCUAUGAGAUUUAUAUCUUGAGUUCUGACAUCAUUCUCUUUACUCUCUCUCUCUCUCUCUUUUAAUUGUUUCAGUCAUUUGACUGCGGCCAUGCUGGAGCACCGCCUUUAGUCGAGCAAAUCAUCCCCAGGACUUAUUCUUUGGAAGCCUAGUACUUACUCUAUCGGUCUGUUUUGCCGAACCACUAAGUUAUGGGGAUGUAAACAUACCAGCAUCGGUUGUCAAGCGAUUGUUGAGAGGACAAACACCCACACACAUAUACAAUUUAUAUACAACGGGCUUCUUUCAGUUUCCGUCUACCAAAUCUACUCACAAGGCUUUGGUCGGCCCGAGGCUAUAGCAGAAGACACUUGCCCAAGGUGCCACGCAGUGGGACUGAACCCGGAACCAUGUGGUUCGUAAGCAAGCUACUUACCACACAGCCACUCCUACGCUGACUAUUAGUGAAUAUCAUUAAUGAAAUAGUAAUUAAAUAAAGUUGGUUUACUCUUAAAUUAUUCUCCUAUCAUUAUAUAUGCCCUUCCUAAUAUCAAACAUUUUAUCAUGUGUAUUAAGUGCUCUUUCCAUACCAUCAGCACUACUGAUGUUGCCAUGCAGUUUGCAAGACUCGAGCCCUGAGGGAGCAGAGUUGGCUUUAUGCUAGGGGAUGAGGGCUUAAAAUGUGAGAGAGGAGGUGGGGGUAGGGCAGAUUUUCAACUUCUUUUGCCUGUCUCAAUCAGUGGACUGUGUCCAUGCUGAGGCACUGCCAUGAAGGGUUUAGUUUGACAAACUGGUCUUAGUACUUAUUUUUUAAAUCUGGUACUUAUUCUAUCAGUCUUUUUUGCUGAGUUGCUAAGUUACAGGGAUGUAAAUAAACCAACACUGGUUGUUAAAUGGUGUGGGGGAAGGGGACAAACACAAGCACAAAAACAUAUUUACAACAGGCUUCCAUACAGUUUCUGUCAACCAAGGGUUUGCAAGAUUGUAUGGGGAGCAGGAGAUAAGAGGAUGGGGAGACAGCCUGCAUCUGUCAGAAAAUAAGUUAGGUCGGGUCGAAGGGUGAUGAUCGAUAAGUCACGAGGUGGGGAAGGAUAGAGGGGUGCAGGAGGGAGCGAUUGGGGAUAGAAUAAUCAUAAUACAGAUGAUAGGGGGGAGGCAGGAGAGAGAUGACAAGGUGGGGUAGGCAUUGAGUAUGAUUAGAGAUAGUUCGGUUCUUUUCGCUAUGAAGGUAAAUUUAAAUAAUUAAAACACAGCAGCUCCAAUUUCAUUAAUUGUUAAACAAAUUAAGAUACACAAGUGCGGUUGCACAGGAAAAAAUAUCCACUCCACGAUUCACAGCUGUGAAGAAGAGAAAAAAAAAGCGAUUUUUCCGUCGAUCGCAGCAUUCAUAAACUGGAAAUUCUUCCGCCCGAUCCACACAAAAUAGUACCGGAAGUUGGGUUGUGAUUUAUUUGAAAUCUUGUCUUCACCUUAACGUGAAAUGUAAACGAAAGAAGGAUAUUUAACAGGAAUAUAAAUCGACCCUGGUACUUCACUGGUAUUGUAAUCGAUCCCGCAAGACUAAAAGGUAAAAUUAACCUCAGCGGGAUAUAAAUUCACAACAUUGAUGACCGUAACUAAUGACUUCUCUGACAUAUUUUUGAUGAUACUCUCAUGAUUAUUCUGUAAUCGAUCGCCAUUCAUUGAUACAAUAUCAGAAUAUUGGACUAAAAUAAUUGUUUACAUCAGAUGCAACAUCAAUAUUUACCAUCUCUUAAAGACUGAAGGAAAAUGUACAGAAGGGAUACAACUUUGCUUUAAUAAAUCUUUGGAAGAAAUACUCGUUGAAUAUUUACUCAGAGUGAGAUUACUACCAAAAUUUCUCUGAUUUGAAUAUGUACAAGAUGAUUUUACUUUAUAAUUAAACUUGGACACAUGAGUUCAGUAUCUUCAAAUAUUGACAUAAGAGAAAUAAAGAAAAAGAAAUAUUUGUGAAGGAUAAAAUAUAUAUUAAAAGAAAAAAAAAAUUAUGGAAAAUGAAUUAUGUGAGAGCUAUUCUAAAAGGAUUGGUUUUUCAGAAGAGAUAUUUCACUGUGAUAUCUGUAAUAUGAAAUUUUCUGUAAAAGAUGACCUAACUACUCACAAACGUAUUCAUACAGGAGAGAAACCAUAUCACUGUGAUAUCUGUGGUAAAUCAUUUGCUCAUGUAACUACUUUAAAUAACCAUAUACACAUUCGUUCAUUAGAAAAACAAUAUCAGUGUGAUAACUGUGGCAAAUCGUUCUCUCGUGCCAUAACCUUAACUAACCACAAACGUAUUCAUACAGGAGAAAAACCAUAUCACUGUGAUAUUUGUGGUAAAUCAUUCUCAGGUGCAGCUAACUUAAGUAAACACAAACGUAUUCAUACAGGGGAGAAACCAUAUCACUGUGAUAUCUGUGGAAAAUCAUUCUCUGAAACAAAUAAGUUAACUAGUCACAUGCACAUUCAUACAGGAGAGAAGCCAUAUCCCUGUGAAAUCUGUGGUAAAUCAUUCUCUGACCCAGGUAAUUUAACUAAACACAAACACAUCCAUACAGGAGAGAAGCCAUAUCACUGUGAUAUCUGUGGUAAAUCAUUCUUUCAAAGACGCCAGUUAACUGAACACAAAUACAUUCAUACAGGAGAGAAACCAUGUCACUGUGAAAUCUGUGGUAAAUCUUUCACUCGAAAUGGUAGUCUGACUAACCACAUACGUCUUCACACAGGGGAAAAACCAUUCCAUUGUGAUAUCUGUGGUAAAUCCUUCUGUCAAAGAAGUCACUUAACCAGACAUUUAUUUGUUCAUACAGAAGAGUAACAACAUCUGUAUCAACACUGAAAAUAAAUAACUUAUUUAACUCUAAAUAUAUUUACACAGAUACUGUAGUGUGAUAUCAAGUUCUCAAAAGAAUAUUUUAUAUAAACACAAAUAUAUAUACAUUUGUGAUAUUUUUAAUAAAAUUAAUUAUUUCAGAAUA